AUGUCGCGACAAGACAUGUUUGGGAUGAAGGGCAGCGGCGUCCCAAGUCCUGUCAAUUUCGUUCCUGGAGUCGGAGACGAUCAGCCCGUUUCUGUCAACCAGAAGAGCGCUCCGAAUGAGGUCGAAAAGGCUGCGGAACCGGCGGCUAGAGGUGCGCCACAGCAGUCCGAGUCCGAAACGUACGAAAAAGUCAUUGCGCUUGGUCCAUUGCCGUUUCAAAUCGCCGAUGGGAUUCGGGCUGGGUUCGACAAGUAUUUCGGACCUACGGGGCGGCUGUUAUCCAAGGGUGCGAAGCUAUGGGACGAUGGUGUUCCGAUAGGGGUAGCCAAGAGCAUGUACCAACUCGCGAUAGCUGGUGAACCAUUAGCCCUCGCCAACAAGGCUGUAGACCUUAUCAUCCGCGGCUCUCGUGGCAAUGCCCCCAUACCCCACAUUUGGUCUAUCCGACCCCAGAAUCAAGUGGCUCCGUUGCCUGUGCCAAGUUGCCCACCUCGUUUCUCCAACAAGAAGACAACGAGGACGAGUUUGUCUGGAUUUGAUGCCCCGGAAGACGAGUUUAUUAUCACGGGCGGUAAACACGGGCGGUUUUGGUUGGACGACGGGAACGUGGUUUUGGUUGCCAAGCCUCCUUCCCAGACCCAAUUUCGGGUCCACCAGUCGGUCUUAUCGAGGCAGUCUCCCGUGUUCAAAGAGUUGUUUUCGUAUCCUAGUAGAGCCAGGUUCGAAAGGAUACAUGGAUGUCCAGUUGUCCCGCUUGGGGAUACAGAAGAAGAUAUAGCAGCCCUCUUAUCAGCUGUCUAUGACGGACUGACUCUCCAACGAACAACCAUCUCAGACGUCGAGACCACAUCCGGCCAACUGCGCCUGGCCACAAAAUACCAAAUAUCCAGCAUCCGGGACAAAAUCCUCUCGCACCUCCGAGAAGAGUACCCGCUCGCGCUCUCCGACGUGGACCGCAAACCGCGCGGGAAAGAAAAGCUGUACGAUCCUAUCUCGGUCAUUCAGCUCGACGUGCCCGAGCUGUUGCCGUAUGCAUGGUACAGACUCGCUCGCCAUUCGUAUGCGACUGAAGGCAGUGGUAGUGGUGAUACGAGCCGACUGUCGAACGAGGAAAUGAAUCGGCUGGUAAUAGGCCGCGAAAAGCUGCACGCCCAUUUCGUCCAAUCGCACUCGCCGGACCCGUUGCGCCCGCCCUCGAACACCACGCAUGCACAGCCCCGCACCCCGACGGCCAGUCGCAGACUGGUGCCAGUCCGCCGCGCAGACGUACUGGACGACGAGCGUGCUGCCGCUCGCAGCCUCCACCCUCGAUCCGCUCGCAGCGCUCAACAAGCUCGCGCACAUCCCCGAGGAGCGGUUCGGGUUUUGUCCUGGAUGCGCUGGGUGGUGCUCGCGUGUUGCACGAAAAAAGAGCCGAGAUUUGGGCUUGUGUUCCGGGUUAUUUUGGACUAG